AUUUUGGGUAAAAAAAAAAAAAAAAAAAAUCUUGUGGAAAAGAGAGAAGGUGAGCCAGCCGACGACGACACACACAAGUAUUUGAGAGCGACAUUUUUAAAAGCGAGAAAGAAAGCAAAGAAAGAAAACUCACACUCUUUGUUUUCAGAAAGAAAAGUAGAGAGAGAGAAAAUUAAAUUAGAUAAUGCAUAAUAAAUGCGGGUUUUCGUUUUUUCUGUAUAUAUAAUAAACUGAUCCAUGUCUCUCUGAUCCCCAAUUUUAUUCAUUAUUUUUCUUUUUUUUUUUUUUUUUUUUGUGGUUUAAUUGCUCGGUCUUUUGCUUUUCCACUUCUUUUCCUCUUUUGCUUCACUGGGUUGACGACCGGGUUGUGUUUGGAAUCUGAGAAAAAAUGGGUUUGAUUUCCGGGAUUUUGAUGGGGAUGAUAUUCGGGAUUUCAUUGAUGGCCGGAUGGCGUCACAUGAUGAGGUACCGGAGCACUAAGCGAGUCGCUAAGGCAGUUGAUAUGAAAUUGCUUGGGUCCCUUAACAGAGAUGAUUUGAAGAAAAUUUGCGGGGACAAUUUUCCUGAAUGGAUAUCUUUCCCUGUAUAUGAACAGGUGAAAUGGCUAAACAAGCUGCUGAGCAAAAUGUGGCCGUUUGUUGCAGAUGCAGGAGAAAUGGUUAUAAAAGAAUCUGUUGAACCACUACUGGAAGAAUAUCGACCUCCAGGGAUUACAUCACUAAAGUUCGGCAAAUUGUCUCUUGGUAAUGUGGCACCCAAAGUUGAAGGUAUUCGUGUUCAGAGUCUUAAGAAAGGUCAAAUCACAAUGGACAUUGAUUUUCGGUGGGGUGGUGAUCCAAGCAUCAUAUUAGCUGUUGAAGCUGCUCUUGUUGCCUCAAUUCCUAUUCAGUUGAAGGAUCUUCAAGUAUUCACUGUUGUUCGUGUUAUUUUCCAACUUGCUGAAGAAAUACCUUGUAUUUCUGCUGUUGUUGUUGCCCUGCUCUCUGAGCCGAAACCUAGAAUUGAUUAUACUCUGAAGGCUGUUGGUGGAAGCUUAACUGCCAUUCCUGGAAUUUCAGAUAUGAUUGAUGAUACUGUGGAUACAAUUGUCACUGAUAUGCUCCAGUGGCCCCAUCGGAUUGUUGUUCCAAUUGGUGGUAUACCUGUUGAUUUGAGUGAAUUGGAGCUUAAACCACAGGGAAAGCUUACCUUGACAAUAGUGAGAGCUAAUGAUUUGAAGAAUAUGGAAAUGAUCGGCAAAUCUGAUCCUUAUGUGGUUGUGUACAUUCGUCCACUGUUCAAGGUUAAGACUAAGGUCAUUGAAAACAACCUGAAUCCUGUGUGGAAUCAAAUAUUUGAGAUGAUUGCCGAAGACAAGGAGACACAGUCACUUAUCCUUGAGGUUUUUGAUCAAGACAUUGGGCAAGAUAAGCGAUUGGGAAUAGCAAAAUUACCUUUGAUUGAGCUGGAAGCAGAAAUUACAAAAGAGUUUGAGUUGAGACUGCUUCCAUCACUUGACACUCUGAAAGUAAAAGACAAGAAGGACAGAGGAACUAUCACAAUCAAGAUCUUGUAUCAUGAAUUUAACAAGGAGGAGCAGUUGGCUGCACUAGAGGAAGAGAAGAGGAUCCUUGAAGAAAGGAAAAAACUUAAAGAACAGGGAGUUAUAGGGAGUACAAUGGAUGCUCUUGAUGGAGCAGCAUCGUUUGUUGGGUCUGGUGUUGGGCUUGUCGGAACCGGCGUUGGUGCUGGUGUUGGGCUUGUUGGAAGUGGAGUUGGAAUUGUUGGGAGUGGACUUGGAGCUGUUGGUAGUGGCCUUAGCAAAGCAGGGAAGUUCAUGGGCAGGACUAUCACAGGGCAAUCUACCCAUUCCAGGAAGAGUGGUUCCACGACUCCGGUUAAUAGCGUUCAAGAAAACGGUGGUGCAAAGCCACGGUAGUGUUCUUAAAAGAGGUGCUGCUAGACCAUGCGAAUGCACUUUUGUGGUUUCUAUGCUUUAAUGUCUAGAUUUUACAUACUUCUUUUGGUGGUUUUACCUUAUGUAGUAUUUUCUCCAUUGCUGUUCUGUCUAGUAUUCUGGAAUAUCAUGGUGUAGGAAUUGGUUGUUUCUGAAAUUUGUUGCAUAUGUAUCAUCCUGAUCCUUGUUUAUGGUUCUCCCCUACUGGAUGUAAUUGGAACUUUAUAAAAAUUUGUACAAAAAAAUAAAAAAAAAAUUCUGCUUAUUUAUUUC